CUCACAACGGCCAGAUACGGUUUCUGACUACUGUAGCUGUGUUCCGAAUCCCAAAACAAAAAUCAGCUGAUUCGCGGAUCGUAAAAUUGGCGGUUGAUCACGAUAUAAAUUAUAAAAAAAAAUGAAUUUGGAGGAAGCUGUAGGAAUACAAGCUAUCAUGUUUGACUCUUCAAGUAGUUCUAGUGAUGAUGAUGUGGUCGAUGAAUUUGAUUUGGUGCUAAAUGAUCAUGAGCGUGGCAAUCAAAAUGAAAACAGAAGACCUCGUGUACAUUUAUUUAUUGAAAGUGUAAUUUAUAGAUACAAUGAAGCAGAGUUUCAAGAAAAUUAUAGACAGAGGCGCACAACAUUUUACUAUUUAUUACAUCUGAUAAGACCACAUAUACAAGGUGAAGCGAUUGGAUUCGGAAAGCUGCCAAUUCCUCCUGAAAAGCAAUUAUUUAUUGCACUAUACGUGCUUGGAACUCCGGAUUCUUACAGAUCAGUAACUGCAAAGUUUGAUGUGGGGAAAGCUACAGCUUGGCGUGCAGUGCAUCGUAUUGUGACAGCUAUCUGUGAAUACAGAAAUUAUUUUAUUCAAUGGCCUUCACAAAAUGAGGCAAUUGCUACAUUUAACAGAAUUGAAGCAAGGUAUGGAUUUCCUAAAGUAAUAGGAGCUGUAGAUGGUACACACAUCCAAAUUCCUGCUCCAAGAAGAGAUGCUCAAAGUUAUAUCAACCGUAAGAGUGUGCACUCGAUCCAGUUACAAGUUAUUUGCAACGAUAGACUGGAGUUCAUUCACAUGAGAGUUUUUAGAUACUCUGGUGUGCAACAAAAAUGUAAUGCAGAAUUUUUUCCGGAAAAUAGUCAUUUAUUAGGUGAUUCAGCUUACAGUCUACAGAAUCACGCAAUAGUACCCUACCAUGAUGAUGGCCAUUUGACCCUCGAGCAAAUCUAUUUUAACAGAUUGUUGUCUGGAACGAGAAUGAUGGUAGAAAGAUUGGUUGAAAAAUUGCCUAUGAGAAGGACGGACUUAAUUCCUUAUUAUGUAUUGUGUUGUUGUAUACUCCACAAUAUAUGUUUAAAGCGAGAAGAUACUUUUGAGUAUCCUGUUGUCAUUCCGGACACUAUUGAUAUGAAUCCUGCUCCAUUACUUGUAGAUGCCGUCUUACAACAAGAAGGUGCUAUUAAAAGGAAUGCUAUUUGUCAUUAUGUAAAUAUUUAUUUCAAGGUAAAAAUAAAUAUCUAAGAAAUCGAUAA